AUGUAUCAUACCACGUCAAAAGAUAUGGCACUACGACAGGAUGAUGUGAGACCAGCUCUUGGGCCAGAUAGUCCCAAACCAAUUCCCCCAGUCCCUGACCCAAGCCCUCCAGACCCUGACCCAAGCCCGCCGAGGCCUCAACCAGAUUGCCGUUCAGAUACAUGCUACAUCGGCCUAGGCAAUAUCAAGUCAGAAUUUCCUAGUCUCACAGUUCUGCCUCGUCCGGAGCCUAGCCAAGACAGCGCUGCCGAACACGCUCUCUGGGAGGCUGAAUUCGAGCAAUGGGGUGGCCUCCAAUGCGGCUGUGGAAAUGGAUAUUUUUGCCGUGAGCAUGGAGACUGGAUCUCAGGUGGCGAGGUUCUGCACGGGCACGCAUUGCCUCGUGGCGAUCAGAAGAAUGGUUGCUGCCCAACGCAUCACUAUCAAGGCCCUGGUGACAGAGACAGCUACGUUGGCCAGAGGGACGGGGCUCAUCCUUGUGAUGCAGUAGACGAGCAGUGCUGCGCUGGGUGCCUCGAGGAUUGA